CGCAGCGUCAGCAAGAACAGCAUGUUCCACGUGAUGGCUAAGCUUGUGCUGAUGUUUAGCUUUCUGCUGGUCAAUUCGCUGGCACUUCCAGUCACAGAAAACGCACACGGACUUGGGGCAGUUCUCAGCAACAUCGCACACAGUUUUGUGGUAGUUAACGAGGAGAUUGAACGGCCCAACAGCACCCACGUGCAAUCGGACGAACCCGCUGCCCUUCACUUGGAGUCUGCUAAUGUUUUACCAUCGCUCCUGCAUAUUGCACUAAAGCCCGAGGAGCAGCACAUCAAGGCUGAAACGCAAGACUUGGUGUACACGAAUGACACCGAUGCACAAGGUGUUGUCAAGAUCACGCUGCUGUCUAUCACGGAAGAGGGCUCAUCGGAGGAAGCUAGCACUACGGAGCUACCAGACGAUGUGACCACAGAAGAAUCAACCUCAGAGAAGGAGGAGCCAACUACGAUCGUAACUAGCAGUUCUAGCACUCCGGCCACAGCAUCUACCAAGCCGACAUCAGUCCUCACCGUUCUUGGAAGCGACCAAGUUGACAAGGACAAAGAGGAGGAAAUCAAGGAAAACAUUAAGGAAGUGGAGGCCAUGCCAGUGAUUCUAACCGUCGGGGUGUAGCAAUGACCGUUGGUUACUACAAAACGCUACGAAAUACAA